AUGCCAAAACCAAAAUCACUUCUCAAGGAAGCUGGCGGUGGGAAGAAUAAGCAGAAGAAGAAAGGCCGUCACCAGCCUGACCCUGAAACAGCUGAUGAAUUUCUAGCUGCUGGCGUCGAGCAGGAAGAAGGCGGCGAGAAAUGGCGAGCCGGUGAUGCCGUCAAGGCGAUGCGCUUUUUCAUGCGCGCCAUUGAGAUUUACGACAACGGUCUGAAUAAAUACCCCAAAUCAUUUGAUUUGGCUUACAACAAAGCUCGAGUUCAAUACGAAAUCACCCAACAUCCCAAACUCGCUACCCAACUGCCCGCACCACAGGCGAAGAUACUCCAGAUUGCGCUCCAGUCUCACCGGGAGGCGCUCGUUCUUGAGCAAGAUAAUGCCGAUGUUCUAUUUAAUACGGCGCAGGUCCUCACGAGUCUUGCCGAGAGUUUGACCGAAUCCAAACGUCCCAAAGAAAGUCACCUACAAGAAGCACUCAAGUAUUUGCAGGAGGCAUUGGAGUUGUUUCAAAGAUGUCUAGUACUUCAAGAGCUUCGGUAUACGGAAUCCCAGGAACAAAUUGAAAUGAUGGAAUCGGGUGAAUAUGCAGAUACCGCCGGUAAUACUGGCGGGGAGGACUUGGCCCAAAAUGCACCGGAAGAACAGACAGGAGAUGAAUCGUCAGGCGAGGAAGAGUGGGCCGCAGUGAUUGAGCCAGUGACCAAGAAUACACUGGUCGACACAGCCGUGGCGCAGCUGGAAACCCUGUCCACACUAUGCAGCCUUCUUGCGUUAGAUGGGCACAAUGGCUUAGCUUGGGUCGAGGAGUACUCGUACGAUUUAUUGAAGACAAAAAUCGCGGCCUAUGUUGAAGGGACAGAUAGGGAAGACGAAGUUGCUCUAGCUCGUGCGCAGUUCGUGGCUGCCUUGACGGAAAUACUAUAUAGGAGUGGGAGGAUUGAUGUGGAAACGUAUCAAAGGGAGCUCAGCAACGCAUUUCCACCCGAGCUUGAUUUGUCGGAUGAUCCCGAAGGUCUGUGUAGCAAAGCCGAAGCUCUCACCUCUUUCAACUCUGCGAUUUCCGACAACCCUCCAGUAUCCAGCGAUGAGGAAUUGCAAAGAUCGGUGACCUUGCGCUGGCAAGGACUGACCACGGCACUGGAAGCAUUGACUGCAAGUUCAAAGCUGGCGACAACUGAUAAUGUCUGGAAGGUACAUAUUGCCAGAGGAGACACUGAAAUGUCGCGGUGGAGGCUCGCCGGACCACCCUGGAAUUAUAAGAUGGCACAAGAAUACGCCUCAACACUUCUCAAGAAUGCACAAACGUAUUAUCGCGGGGCUGCUGCACUAGCCCGUCGAGACGGUGCCGCUGGGGAGGAAGAAGCUUUAUGUAAAGAGGCUUUCGCAGCAGCUCUGGCUGGAGAUGGAUCGAAAUUAGCCCAGUUGAAAGCUGCCGGUCCUGAGAAGGUCUUCACUGUUGUUCAAGAUAUGGUUGAGGACGGGUUGGUUGCGCCGACAGAUGCAGAACCAUUAAUUUCGUAA